AUGAUUCUUAUCGUUUUGAUUCUCUCCUUUCAAUCAAUCAUUGAUUGCGUAUGGUGGUCUGGUGAUGAUAACUGCGAAAGUCUUGACAGGUGUGAUUGGUCAUCAUGGAAAGCAUGGAGUUCGUGUUCUUUGACAUGUGGUGGUGGUCGGAGAUACCGUAAACGAAGUUUGUGUUGUGAUACUGACUGGGACUGGGAUAAAUGUGUAAGGGAAUGUAAGUUAGAAGAUAGAGGGUCAGAGGAUUCAGAGUGCAACAAGAUUUGUUACAACGGAGGCUCCUACUCUCAGUACCGAUGUAGCUGUCCUGAUCAUAUUUAUGGCACAUGUUGUGAAAACGUAUGUCCAUCAAUCGCCGAGUGUAAAUACAGAAGCUGUACAUCAUCCUACAAUGUCUACUGCAAGGAGUGUAACGACAACAAUGUCUUCUUCAAGCGAUACAAUGGUGACAAAGAAUGCAAGCGGAUGUGUUCCUGGAACAACCAUUUCUGUUGGCCCGGGAGCUGCAGAGAUGGUCUUACCAAGUACUGUACGUGCGCAGCGGGGUUUAGCAGUGUUUCAACUUCUGGGGAAACUUCGUGUCAACCAACUAAGAAGCCAUCACUCUUAACAUGUGACACUGUGGCUAUUGGACCAAAUGGUGAAACGAAGAGAGCAAUGUCAUCAAGUAGUUCAAGCGAGUGUCAGUAUCUACGAGAUAUAUAUGGAAAUUAUCAGCCGAAGACAGUGCGGUUUGAUUUGAGCUCUGAAUACACAAUUAUCAUUCCCAGCUAUUUGAGCCGCCCUUCAUAUAUUGUUGAAGAAAGGUUCGGAAUAACGGACGAAACAGUAUAUAUGCAACGCCAAUCCGUAUCAGAUUCGAUUACCACUUUAUCAACAAACAGACGACUUACCGUGCAUCACGAUAAAUUUAAUCUAACGACUUCACACACAUUCGAAAAUGGCCAGGCGUUGUGUUUGAAAUACGAGGUAAAAGGUGGUGGUUACUUGAAAACCAAAGAUACAAGAACCCACACUGUUCAUAGCGCUAAACCUUACCGACAAAAUGUAGAACAACGAACAGUCUGCUAUCGCUAUGACAGCCAGCCACCGGAACACUGUUCAAAACUAUCGACAUGUGACUCUGAUCCUCUGCAUUUUGACAAACGUAUAACGCAGUCAUAUUUCCACAACGUCGGAUUCGACGGUUGGGUGGAUCCCGUUCCUCCUGGAGGAGUUUCGCGCACAGCUUCAUCAAUUGAGAGCUACGAAAUUCGGGUAAAUGAGGUUUUGCCAUCGAAGGGGACACUUAAGGUAGAUUACACAACCAACGUUUUAAGUACAAAGGUUAACCACACAGUCAAAAACAUGGAUUUAAAUCUUACUUCAGACACACCAAGGCUCUAUUGUUUGACACUUGAGGUGAAGGAUGUUGCAGACAAUGUUCGACAGUGUCGCCGUUUUAUUCUCUAUGAUAACACUUCAUCCAUUCAAAUCUGGAAUGAGAAGCCUUUCAGAUUUACAUCAUCGUCCCCUGAUACAGAUUACACAUGGCAAACCCAUCAUAACGAUGUCUGCAUAAGCUGGAAAGAUUACUUUUACAACGAUUUCUACAUACACAAUGAACUACUGAAUCCAAUUGAGCCCGACCCGCAAGGACUCAUUACAGGAUUAUACGAGCAAACAACUGGAGAAAUACCUGUAUCUGGAACAUUGAAUGUGUAUGGUAUUAUCGCAUACAAUAUAUCGUGGAGCCUGAAUCACGGUACAUUUUCUGUAGAACAACCUGUACCUUCAAUACAAAAUCAAUCAUUUUGCAAGGAUUUGAAUGUUACUGAUGGAGAUACAUACACACUGAUCGUAAAGGCUAUUGAUGUAGCUGGAAAUACACUUAGCGAUAACCGAACUGUAUUUAUUGAUGGCUCUGUACCACACCUCCACGACCUAUGGCUUAUGGAAGAUACGAUACGAUACGAACUGCUGUAUGUACAUAAAAGCACGGACGUGUCCAAAAUGAAGAUGACGUUCGCCGCACUUGAUCCACAUAGUGGUUUAUCUAAAAUACACUGGACGUUUGGAAUAGCCGACACAAUGACCGAGCUACUAAGUGAGCACCAUGAUGUUAUGACCACAAAUGAUUCAUGCUCAUCAGAAGAAUGCUACUGUCCAGAUAUUGGUUCCUGUGCAUACAUUAACUACACAAUACCACUCGACAUAUUAAAUGUUAAGAAUACGCAUAAUGACACUCAUAACAGAACCUUUUAUUUUACCGUAAAAGUAACAAACAUGGCUGGGCUUUCAACAACGGAACAAAUAGACGUACUUGUUAAUGAAUGGCCUUCUUCAGACGGUGUUGAUGAUGUAACCAUUGGAGGAAAAGUGCGUCGGUUGUGGGGUCGCUGGAUCACUACCAUGCCGCCCUAA